GCGAGAGGGCGGUACCCGUUGGCUUCAGCGUCGGCGUCGCUCCCGCGCUUGGGCAAUAGCUGGCUUCCCUCCGCCAGCCGUGGUUAAAGUGCUGGUGGCUGGGGGCGGGCGUAGAGCUGCCGGCCGUGCGGCGUCGGCUGGACGCCGAAGCGUCGGGGUCAUUGUGUCGUGAAAACGACCCCGGUAGCCGCCUCUGCGACAGCAGGUGAGGCCGCUUUAGCCCCAAGCGGGCUUGGCGGCUGCCCGGCGAGUCUCGGCUCGCGCCUAGCCCUUUCCUUCCUGGACCCGACGCCAAGCAGCGACCCUGAGCCGACCGCCGGAGGGGCGGGCAAUGGCGGCCUCGACGGCCUCGCACCGGCCCAUAAAGGGAAUUCUAAAGAAUAAGAGCUCUACGACUUCCUCUAUGGUGGCCUCGGCCGAACAGCAGCCUGGCAGGAGUGUCGACGAAGAACUGAGUAAAAAAUCCCAGAAGUGGGAUGAAAUGAAUAUCCUGGCGACAUACCAUCCCGCAGACAAAGACUAUGGUUUAAUGAAAAUAGAUGAACCAAGCACUCCAUACCAUAGUAUGGUAGGUGAUGAUGAAGAUGCAUUCAGUGAUUCAGAAACCACUGAAGUCCUGACCCCAGAUAUAUUAGCUAAGAAAUUAGCUGCUGCUGAAGGCUCCGAGCCAAAGUAUCAGGGUCAUGAACAAGAAAGCAGUGGAGAUGAAGACGGUGACCUUUCACCUGAAGAAAAAGAAAAAAAGCGCCAGUUUGAAAUGAAAAGGAAACUUCACUACAACGAAGGACUGAAUAUUAAAUUAGCUAGGCAGUUAAUUUCAAAAGACCUACAUGAUGACGAAGAUGAAGAAAUGUCAGAGACUGCCCCUGGAGAAAAUAUGAAUAUGGAAGAAUCAAAUCAAGGAUCUGCUACAGGUGACCAACUGCAAAACAAAUCACAGAGUUCAUAGAAGAGAUUUGUUCAACGCUGUAAUUGUGGGAUACAAACCCUGUUACUAUAUAAUACUGCUUCUUGUUCUCUACACUCAUGACUUAGUACCAAAAUGCAUACCACUUAUUAUAUGUUGCCAAGAAUUAAAUAACUUUAGAGACCGAUUAGACUGAAACUGCUUAAUUGAUACAUUAAUUGUGCCUAGUACUUCACCACAAAUACAGCAUAAUACCAUCAGUCCAAAACUGCAAGUCACUUGUAAGAACACUGGUUAAUUUGUAUAAGAUGUUAUAUAGCUUUUUAUUCUUUAGAGGUUAAACAGUAUCUUGGGGAGGAGAGCUAAUUUAUUUCUUCACUUCUAGAUGUGGAAAGUCCUAUAAAAAAUUUUUUUAAUCAAAAUCCAAUUAUAACAACAGAUUAUAUAGGCUGAUAAAUAUUCAGUCUGAAACGUUUUUUUAACACACAUCUCAACUUGGUUUACCUGUUUAAUUGAAAAGGAUUAUAAGAUUUAGCAUUUUCUGCCCUACUACCUUUAAAUUACUUUUGAAUUUCUCUAGGUUUACAAGGAAAGGAUUAAACUUUUUCUCACCAAAAUUAGUUUUACUCAUGAAUAAAUUAUCAGGUUAAACUUGCAUUAACAUCUGCCCUUUUUCUGUUUAUUUGAUUGGCAGGCUUCAGAACAGUUUUUUUAAUAAAUAUAAUUCUAAUAUAGCCUUAGCAUUCUCUUUAUAUACCUCUCCUAACCACCUGCCUUUGUUUCCUACUCCUUUCUGUAUAUAUGCAUACAGUAAUCCUUUACUUUUAUAAAGGGUCAUAAAGAUUGUUAUGAUGUUAGGAACUCUUGCUGUAAAAACAAAAAUCUUAGUUUGACUAUCAACGAUGAUGUUUUUCUUCUAAUACAUGGAGAAAAUAGAUUUAAUAGCAGUUCUAUGGACAGGAAAUAUGAUUCAACUGCAGAAUUUCUACACCGCUCUGAUUUACAUCUUGCUAAUUAAAUUGCUAUUACUAGUUUAUUGUUUGAUUUAAAUAGACCUUAGAAAACAACAGAGGUUUUUUUGCCAUGAUGAGAGAGUUGUGUGUAACUGUGAUAUGAUGAUAAUUCCUAAAUAUACAGUCAGAAGUAAUCCUGAACAAUUUUUAACUUAAAAACUUUAAUCCCUGCUUUAAGGGAGUAUGAUAAUAUAUGUACUAUGACAAAUGUACUUUAUUCUUCUAACACAGUAAGAUUGAGAUUUUUUUCCCCUGAAAUGAAAUGUAUGGUCUGACUAGUUUGGCUCAAUUAGUGGGGUAUAGUCCCACAAUACAAAAGGUUAUAGGCUCAUUCCCAAUCAGUGCACAUGCCUAGGUUGCAGUUUCAGUCCCUGGUCAGGGCACUUACGAGAGGCAAACAAUUGAUGUUUCUCUCCCUCUCUUCCUCCCUUCCCCUCUUUCAAAUAAAUAAAUAAAUAAAUAAAUAUUUUUUUAAAAAGAAAUGAAAUGCAGUUCCUGUGUAUCUUGGUUUAGUGAUAGUUUCAUUUUUAGUCAAUUAUUUGUAUCUUAAUUUUUUGUUGGUACCCAAAAAAUUCAUUAUAUGAACAGACUUUCUAAAUAAUUUCUAUAUAUUGUAUAUAUAAAAUGGCUUGUAUUGAACAGCUUAUCUUCCACUUACAAGUUUAUGGAAAUAUCAGUAUGUCAAAAUAAAUUAAAAGUAGGAGAAAUCUUUGCUUUUAAAAUGAUAUUUUUAUUGUUUUGAAUGACAUUUUUAAAAAAAAUGGGAUCCAAUCAAAGCACUUACAAGCUGCAGGUAUAGCAUUCUAACUAUACAAUGUUAGGUAUUAGUACCACAAAGCAAUGUUUAUUUAUAUUUGCCUUUUCGAAUUUAGAAUGUUAAGGUUUUCUUACCUGUUCAAACCUAUUUAGGGGGAUUUAUGCUUAUACAUAUGUUUGUACAUACAUUCAUGCACACAGACCUCUGUUUCUGAUUUUCUCAUUUUGAGUUCUUAGAAAGUAUCUACACACUCUUUGUAGAAAAAUCUGCUAUACAGUAAAGAAAAAGUAAGCCCUUUUACUGCUUCUUUUGGUGUUUUCUACAAUUUCCUAAAACUUCAAUCACAGAAAAACUUAUUUCUCAUUUUAAGAAGUAUAAAUAGUUAUCCCUGCAGAGCAAGUCAUGGCAAAUAGCAUGCCCAGUAGGAUUUUAGGUAGUCAAAUGUAACUAGGUAAAACUGUUUUCAUCAAGUCAUGAGUUCCUAAUUAACACAGUAUUGGAUUAUAUUUAAAAAGCCUUUAUGAUUCAAGCUACAUUUUUCUUUGGAGAAAGUUACCUGUCAAUAUUCACUUCUAGCCAACAUAGAUUUUUCAUUCAACUUUUUAAUCAUUAUCACUUCCUCAGCUUAAUUCUUUUGGUCUCACCAUUUCUGUUCAU